AUGAUUAUUCGACAAACAAUUCAAUUUAAUUCAAACAAUUAUUCGAUUUUAACACAAUUAAAUAUUUAUCGAUUUGAUUUUAUGUUUAGUCAAGAAAAUUUGUUUAAAAUAAGUGAAAAAUAUUCAUUUAAAUCAAAAUUAUGUGAAAUUAAUGCACGAUUUCUAUUUAAUGGCUAUUUUCUACCUGCUGGUUUAUAUUUAGCUGAUUAUCAAAAUUUGAUAUGA